UUCAGAACUGGGGAGAAGGGUACAAGUCCAAAUCUGGAAGUGCUGGCACUUACAAUAGUGAGAAAAAUGGAUCAGGUAGUAGAAAUUCUCAGCCCUGGUUCAAUACUAAGGGGGCCAGAGUGACAGAGAUUCAUCCUUCAGGAAUAAAGAAAGUGGGCCCUCAGUUGUCCCAGGAGGAGUAUCAGGAGAGGAGUAAAAAGGGUCUAUGUUUCAAGUGUGGGGACAAAUGGAGUAGGGAACACACCUGCAAAUUGAAAAAUUACAAACUCAUUUUGGUGGAAGAUUCUGAGGAUGAGGCAGAAUGUGAAGAAGAAAAUGGGAGCAGUUCAGAUGAGGAAGAGGUUGAAAUGGAAUCCAAAUCCAUGCAACUGUCAUUGAUGAGCAAGGAAGGCAUUCCUUCCUUGAGAGCUUUUAAAGUGAAAGGUUACCUAAAAUGGAAGCUAGGAGAACAGGAAGUGGAUGUAUUGAUUGAUAGUGGAGCCACUCACAACUUCAUAUCACAAGGGUUGGUAAAUCAAUUGAAAAUACCCUAUCAAACCAUUAAGGGAUAUAAAGUGCAGAUUGGGAAUGGAGAUAGAAUAGCUAACAAUGGCAGAUGUGAAGGGUUAGCUCUGUGUUUACAGAAAGCACUGAUACAACAACAUUUUUACAUCUUGGAUCUGGGGGAACAGAUAGUGCUAGGGAUGGAGUGGUUGGCAAGUUUGGGGGAUGUAGAAGUCAACUUCCAAAAGCAGACUAUCAGAUGGAAGGAACACGGACAGGAGCAGUUGGUACAAGGGGAUCCACAGUUAAACUCUUUGGAAGUAUCACUGACAACCAUGACUCAAAUAUUACAAGAUGCAGGGGAUGGAUACUUGGUGUUUUGUGAAGGAAUAUCUGUAGUUCCAGUGGAAGGGGAGGCAGAAGAUGACACUUGGAAGCAAUUAUUGGAUGAAUUUCCAGAAGUGGUCCAACCUAGGAAGCAAUUGCCACCAAGAAGAAGUUGUGAUCAUGCUAUUCACAUUCAGGAGGGAGCUUGCAUUCCUAAUAUCAGACCUUAUAGGUACCCACAGUACCAGAAGACAGAAAUUGAAAGGAUUAUAAAAGAAAUGUUGAAUGAGGGUAUAAUUCAACACAGCAAUAGCCCUUAUAGUAGUCCUAUUCUACUGGCAAAGAAGAAGGAUGGGGGGUGGAGAUUCUGUGGUGACUACAGGGCUCUCAACAAAAUCACUAUACCUGACAAGUAUCCUAUACCCAUCAUUGAAGAACUUUUGGAUGAAUUGGGUGGGGCAACCAUUUUCUCUAAGCUGGAUCUGAAAUCUGGAUACCAUCAGAUAAGAAUGAAGGAGGAGGAUAGGCAGAAAACUGCAUUCAGGACUCACGAAGGGCAUUAUGAGUAUUUGGUAAUGCCUUUUGGUUUAACAAAUGCACCAUCAACUUUUCAAGCCCUUAUGAAUCAAGUGUUGAGGCCAUUUUUGAGGAAGUUUGCAUUGGUUUUUUUUUGAUGACAUCCUAGUUUACAGCAGAUCAGUGGAGGAACAUCAAGAGCAUUUGAGGAAGGUUCUGGGGGCUUUACAAGAUAAUCAGUUGGUGAUUAAUGCAAAGAAAUGUUCGUUUGGACAGUCUAAAUUGAUUUACUUGGGUCACAUUAUAUCUGGUGGGGGGUAGCUGCAGACCCCACAAAGAUUGAAGCAAUGACAAUGUGGCCUGAACCCAAGGACUUGAAGGGGUUGAGGGGAUUUCUGGGACUGACAGGUUAUUACAGAAGGUUUGUGCAGGGAUAUAGCAAGAUUGCACUACCUCUAACACAAUUGUUGAAGAAAGAUAGUUUUCAGUGGGGACCAGAAGCUACCAAGGCUUUUGAGGAGUUAAAGAGGACUAUGACUACCCUGCCAGUGCUGGCAACACCAGACUUUGAUAAAAUGUUUAGAGUAGAGACUGAUGCAUCUGGGACUGGUCUGGGAGCUGUACUGAUGCAGGAAGGAAGGCCCAUUGCAUAUAUGAGCAAGGAGUUAUCUCAGAGAAAUCAGCAUAAAUCAGUGUAUGAGAGGGAACUGAUGGCUAUAGUAUUAGCUGUCCAAAAAUGGAGGCCAUACCUUAUGGGAAGAAUGUUUGAAAUCCACACAGAUCAGAAAAGUUUGAGGUUCUUGACUGAGCAAAGACUGAUGGGGGAAGAACAACAAAAAUGGACUUCCAAACUAAUGGGGUUUAACUUCAUUAUCAAGUACAAACCAGGAGUUGAAAACAAAGUUGCAGAUGCAUUAUCCAGAAGACCAUUCUUACAUUCCCUAUCAAUUGUUACUUGUCAAGAAUGGGAGGGGUUAGAAGAGGAAUUGCUGAAGGAUCCUAAAUGUCUGACAUUGUUUCAGAAUCUGGUUUCAAAGCCAGAUCAAUACCCAGACUUCCAGAACAAGAAAGGGUUACUCUACUACAAAGGGAAACUAGUGUUACCUAGUGCAUCUCCUAGAGUGACAAAGAUAUUGAAUGAAUAUCACAGCUCAGCAGUAGGAGGGCAUAGGAGGGCAUUCUGGGUAUUUCAGGACAAUGAAGAGGGUUUCUAAUUUGUUUUAUUGGCAGGGAAUGAGGAAGGACAUAAAGAAGUUUGUGGAGGAAUGUCCUACAUGUCAGACAAACAAAUAUCAAGCCUUAAAACCAGCUGGACUGAUUCAGCCUCUACCUAUUCCUCAAAAUAUUUGGACUGACAUCAGUAUGGAUUUUAUAGGAGGUCUGCCUACAUCACAGGGCAAGGACACUAUAAUGGUGGUAGUGGAUAGGUUGACAAAAUCAGCUCAUUUUUUGGCUCUAUCCCACCCUUUUACUGCAAAGGAAGUAGCUGAUUUAUUUACCAAAGAGAUUGUCAAAUUGCAUGGUUUUCCAAAAACCAUUGUUAGUGACAGAGAUCGAAUUUUUCUGAGUACUUUUUGGUCUGAAAUCUUCAAAUUGGCUGGAACCCAACUCAAAUACAGUACUGCAUAUCACCCCAGACUGAUGGCCAG